GUAGUACAAGUUGUUUGAUUAUAUAUAGGAAAAAUGUAGGAGAUUUUCUGAAGGAUUAGGUGCAUGCCAUAGUUGUUAUAUACUCCUAUUCCCUCUGUUACUAAAACCACGUCAGUUAUUUUCGAACGAAGGUAAUAGAAACAAAGGAAAAUAUCCAUGAGGUUGUACUCAGAUGCAAAAUUUCUUUGAAAUUGUAUGCAAACUAAAUAGGGAAGAUUCAUAUGGUUUGCAUUCCUACAAACUAAACCAAAUUUAUAGAGAAAUUCCUACGGAAUGGAUUCCUCUGAAUUCCUAUGAUUUUUUUUAAAACUAAAGAGGUCUCUAUCUUGUAAGUGACGUGGAUUAAAUUAGAUUUGUUUCCUCGUACCUCAGCUUCACAUAUGAAUCGGAUUCGGAGCUCCGGGACUCCAUAUAUGGUGGGCGCUGCCCCAUGGACACGGCGUAACGUCCGUACAGUACAUGUUUGGUUUCGAUCCCAUGGCGCCCGGCGGAAGGAGCAGCGGCGGCAACGCGGUGGACGCGGCGGAGAGGCUUCACAGGCUCGCCGAGCAGCGCUUCCUCGUCGGCGACGUGGCCGGGGCGCUCCGGGCGGCGCGGGAGGCCCAGGCGCGCUGCCGGGCGCUCCAGGGGCUCGCGCACGCCCUCGCCGCCUACGAGGUCCACGUCGCCGCGGCCGUCUCCCGCGCCAGCGGCAGGAACUGGUACGCCGUCCUCAGCGUCGGCGCCCGGACGUCGCUGCCGAGUGGCGGCGUCGGUGUCUCGCACGAGGACGUCAAGCGGCGGUACCGCCGGCUCUGCCUCGUUCUUCACCCCGACAAGAACCGCUCCGCCGCCGCCGACGGCGCGUUCAAGCUGCUCCAGCAGGCGUGGGGGGCGCUCUCGGUCGGCCAGCGCCACGGGAGUCACCAGGCCGCGCUCUGCCCCGACGCCGUCGCCGCGAUCCCGCCCGCCACCACCUCCCGCUCCUGCCGCGAAGCCUAGCAACCACACCCGACCACCGCCGCCCGCCGCCAACAACGCGCCCAGGGACGACGACAGGCGGCGAGCCGGCGCCGGAGACACGUCUCACAGCCGGCCACCGCCACCAGCCGCCCACGCAACCAAGGCCGAGAGAGCCAGCGCGGACACGACGCGUCACGCGCCGGCGUCUGACGCGAAGCCCGGCACCCACAGCGGACCACCGCCACCGGCAGCCUCCGCCGCCCACACGCCCAAGGACGAGGGGUCCGGCACGGACACGCACACGCCGCCGGGCGCCAGGGGAGCGGGAACAGCAGGAGGUUCCCGUGCCCGGCGCAGUGCGUGCACUGCGGCGCGCGGUUCGCGUCGUCGACGGUGUCCGUGGGCACGUGGCACCUCCACUGCGUGGCCUGCCACAGGUACGCCAAGGUGUGCGUGCGCAGCCCCUCCAACGCAGAGAUCUACAGGUGAAGCUGCGACCACGACCACGAUGGAGAGGGACGGACCAGAUGAUGAUACCAUAUCCUAGCUGGUAUGCCAUUGUUAGUUCACUCGUCAAUGUUUCCUUCCGUUUUUUUUCUUCUUCUCAGGAGAGGAUGUGUGCUGCGUACGAACGUGUUCAUGUCUGAAAUCCUCGGCGGCAAGAUGAGGUGCUAUAUAUUCUAAUAGGUAGGAGAGGAGAGGAAGACAUGCUAUGCUAUAUGCUAUGUACUCACUUGGUUCGGUCU